AUGCCUAAUGACCCGCCGCCGCAAGAUUAUGACUUUGUUGUUGAACAAGUGGAGGUUGACCCAACGGGCCAGUCCGAUAAACCGACAAGCCCGGUCCGAGACACUGACAAACCGGCAAGUCCAACUAAGGCCGCCGAUAAACCGUCAACUCCCGUGAAGGCUACUGAUGAUAAAGAGGAUGACAUUAUGAUUACUGGCUUUGGUCACACCACUCCUGGAAAUCCUGUUGCUUUAUCCAAGCAUAGUGCCAAGGAUGAACUUUCUGCAAUGGGCAAAGAAAUUUCGGAUAACGAGCAAGCCGAGCUGAGUAAAAAGGAAACUCAAACAGCUGAUCUGCAAGAAAACAUCAAGUCCCAGCAAGCAGAAAUCUCCAAAGCCAAAGAUGAGCUGACCACUGCCUUAGCCGCCAUGGAAAAACUGAAGGAGGGUUUCAACAAGGAGCGGGCGGAUUGGGAUAUAGAAAAAUCCGCAUUGCAAAAAAGAGCCGAGGACGCAGAGGCAACUCUUAAACCGGUGGUAGACGAGUUGACUGGUGUGAAGCGGCAAAUACAUGCCAUGACUGCUGCGGUGUUUGGAUCUGUUUGCAAGAUGUCUAGUGCCAGUGACAAUCAGAAUCAGUCAGAGCAGAAUCAAUCUAUUCGCAGGAUCUGUUUGCAAGAUGUCUACUCUGCCCAUACCAAUCUAUUCACAGGAUCUGUUUGCAAGAUGUCUAGUCCCAAUGAGAGCUACUAUGAGGGCAUUAGGAGCUCCCUAGAUUUGCCAAAGGCUGCCACCAGAACAAAGAAGAAGAGAACCUCAGAUGAUGAGGAUGAAGACUUUGUGGCUAGUGAGACCACAUCAAAGAAGAAGGCAGUUCGGAGGAAGGAAUAUGGUACUUCUGCUAGUACUAGGCCAAGUGCCAAGGAAAGGACUAUUGUCAGGAAAGUGCCACUGUCAAGGGCAAGCAAAGCCUCAGCUCCAAAGGAAACCAUGACAUUCACACUUGAGGAUCCAAGUGAUGAAGAAGAAAAUGCCAGCAAGAAGAAGAAGAGGGCUAGAAAGACUACUGCUGUAGUCAUUGGCAAACCUUCCAUGAGGGAAGAUGAUGAGGAGGAGGAGGAAGAACCAGAAGCUGAAGCACCUCCAGCAAAGACACAGAAGCUAAUGUCAGAUGCUAUGAAGACAGCUGCCCCCUCCAAGCCCAAGUCCAAGCCAAAAGAUUCUGCACCCAAGAGGUCUACAAGAAAUAUCUUUGCUGCUGAGAAGAACAAGGCCCAGUGCCUGUAG